UUUAAAUUGUAUGCACUUCCGAUCAAUAAAUGAAUGUGUCUGCAAGUUGAGGCAGUAAAUAUUAGAUGGAAACUUACGCAGAUGUGAUAGCUAACCAGCCCGUUGUAAUAGACAAUGGGUCUGGGGUUAUCAAAGCAGGAUUUGCAGGAGACCAAGUACCAAAAUACCACUUUCCAAACUUUGUGGGAAGACCAAAGCAUGUGAGGGUAAUGGCAGGUGCCCUAGAAGGGGACGUCUUUCUAGGCCCAGAAGCAGAGGAACACAGAGGACUUCUGACCAUUAGAUACCCCAUGGAGCAUGGUAUAGUGAAAGACUGGAAUGAUAUGGAGAGAAUUUGGCAGUAUAUUUAUUCCAAAGACCAAUUACAAACUUUUUCAGAAGAGCAUCCUGUGCUGUUAACAGAGGCACCACUUAACCCAAGAAAAAAUAGAGAAAAAGCAGCAGAAAUAUUUUUCGAGACUUUUAAUGUGCCAGCUCUGUACAUUUCCAUGCAGGCAGUGCUUAGUUUAUAUGCCACAGGAAAAACAACAGGCGUAGUAUUAGAUUCUGGAGAUGGGGUAACGCAUGCUGUCCCGAUCUACGAGGGCUUUGCGAUGCCACACAGCAUAAUGAGGUCGGAUGUCGCUGGCAGGGAUGUCACACGAUAUCUUAGACUGCUUCUUAGGAAAGAAGGAUACAAUUUCCAUACAUCUGCUGAACUUGAAAUUGUUAGAACCAUCAAAGAGAGAGCCUGCUAUUUGUCAGAUAAUCCCCUUAAGGAAGAGACAGUAGAGGGAGAAAAGUCACAGUAUACGUUACCUGAUGGAAGUGUUAUUGAGAUUGGUCCUGCUAAGUUCAGAGCACCAGAAGUCCUGUUUCGACCAGACUUAAUCGGAGAAGAGUUUGAAGGGAUACAUGAAGUGCUUGCUUACUCCAUUAGAAAGUCAGACAUGGAUCUCCGGCGAAUGCUCUUCUCCAACGUAGUCCUGUCAGGAGGAUCAACACUUUUCAAAAGAUUUGGUGAUAGACUUUUAAGUGAAUUAAAGAAACUAGCCCCAAAAGAUAUAAAAAUUAGGAUAUCUGCUCCUCAAGAAAGGUUAUACUCAACUUGGAUAGGUGGUUCCAUUUUAGCUUCCCUGGACACUUUCAAGAAAAUGUGGGUGUCGAAACGUGAAUAUAAUGAAGAAGGAUUGAAGGCCAUUCACAGAAAGACAUUCUAACCAUGUACAAAGCUAGAAACCAUCUAUUUAUGAUCAACCUACAAGCAUGUGACAGUUGAUGCAGGGAAGGGGUGUGGGAAAAAGAACAAAUGCUUUUUUUUUGUACAUUAUAAGUGGUAUAAGUAUGGUGUAUACAUUUAAUUUGCAGCAACUGUAUUUAUUGUCUAUGGUUGAUUUAAUAGUCAUUUUUUAUUAUUAGUGCUGAUAUUAAAAGCAGUCUUGCCCCGACUUAUUGAAAGUGAGGUGCAUUCCAAUAAAUGGUCAGGUGGUCUUCCACUUUUCAUAAAGGAGUUUUUGUACCCUUUAGUUUGACUGUUGGGACUUUCAAGGUUAUGGGAGAAAUUGUGGUUUGAACCAGCCUCUUUUGAACAUGUCCACUGGAAAACACUUCAUGUUAUAAAGUUUAGAGAUGAUAAAGCUUUUGUGUUCAGCUUUGAUAUUGCCUCUACAUUUUGCAAUUGAUGUUUUCUACAUAUCUGUCUUUAAAGGCCACCAUUUCAUUACUAACAAUUUUUUUUCAGAACUGUUCUUUAUCCAAGAAUCAGUUUCAAGAAAUAUUUAAAUCUAUUCAAAAGUUGGAUUUUUUCUUUUACAUACAUGUACUUUUGAGAAUUUAUUUAUUUGUUAAAUUAUUUAAAAAAUUGAAAUCAAAUGACCAUAUUGCAGAAGAGCACAUUAAUAUAAAAUAAAUUGUUUACUCUCCUUUAUGUUGGCACGAAUGUUGAAGAGAAAAACUGGCACUAUUUUUUUGGAUGAUCACAGGGAAGGCUUCGAGGUCACAAGGUUGUAAAGUGACUCUCCACACACACAAAGUGCAAUAAUACAUAUACAGGACUUGUCUAUUAUGGAUUGUAGUCAGGUUUUUUAAACACCUUUUUUUGUUAUAAAUCAUGUGCAAACAAACCUUGUAACUGUCCAAUUUUGGUUGUUAAGUCAUACAUGUACCAAUUCAUGAAUGGUUAACAAUUGUAUUUUCGUACAAAUUGUUUUAAGUUAUUGUAAAAUCAUAUUUUUUUUUGUUUAGCACAAAAUGUUGAAAAAAAAAGAUAUAAUAAAUUCAUUGAGCUUAUGCAUAAAACUGUUGAGAAGAGAGAUAUAACAAUUUUGGUUAAGUUUAUUAUACAUAUGCUUUUUACAUUCAUUUGUAUUUUUGGUACAGUGCUUGUAAACAACUAGAAAAUAUUAUGUAAAUAACAGAAGACAACAAAUCAAAUAAACUAUUUGAAAUUA